AUGGAGGCAACAAGAGAGAUGGAAGAGCAAGAUAUCGGUUUGCUUUAUCCUUCUCGAUCAGGGUCCUGCACAGGAUCGACUGAAACUAUCGCCUCAAGGCUGCCAUCUCGGCAGCCUUCCCCAACCGAAUCACAGGUUCCGAUCCAUCAUGAUGGUAUCGAAUCGUUUCAAGACUCUUCGAGUCCACUCAAGUCGCCCUCACUGUCCAACGUUCAGGACACACAUCUUGGACUUCGCCUGGUUGGGCAGAAGACCGUGACACGCUCUAGGACUCUUCCUCAUCUGGCAAAAUCUGAUACAGCGUUACAUCUAAGUUCAGAGCUCGCUGGCUUUGAGUUCGAACGAGAUAGGGCGUUGCGAAUGUCCCAAUGGGUCUUGGCUUUCGCUAUAGUCAAUUUUGAUCUGGAUGUCGGUCCUGUCGUUUGCGGGGUACAUCCACCCUUGUAUUUGGCCCCCGCAGAGAAAGAGAACAUUGCUUUCUCAUCCUUCCCAGAUUCCCUGCAAUUUGAGCAGGAUCAGAAGUACAUUCUUUUCGCAUACAAGAUCUCGGCCAUCGAUGGAUACCUUUAUGGAUAUUCACAUUUUUCCCAGAGAAGAGACAACACCUCGAAGCGAGGAUACCAGCAGACUUCUCUCGUUCUUCUCUCGCACCUACAGUACCCUGCACUGUUUACCAUCCUAAUUAUGAAACUUGGGCCCUUGUUCCUAACCCAUGGUGUGCCUAUGUUGGAAACGGCAUGCCAUAACAUUGCCAACUGGUGCAGCCCAUCGCCGGGUUUGACUACUGAGCUAGGAUUUCUAGGUUCAGUUCUCCAUGUCGAGUUGCCCAUGAAUGCAGACAUUCAGCAAUUGACAGAGACUGCAUCUUUUCAUGAGAAAUUUGACCCCACUUUGCAUCUAUUAUCUUCUAUAGCUCCACUUGACCCGCCUCCAAUAUCCAUAUUCGAGGCCUCCUUGUCGCAUUUAUGGUCAAUAUGGGAGUGCCUGAUCCUUUGUGAGCCGAUCUUGGUAUUCGGAUCUUCUCCCGCAGCCACGAGUCAAGCAGUUUGGUGGCUCAGGGAUUUGUUACGUCCUAUACCUCUUGCGAACGAUUUUCGUCCUUACUUUACCAUUCAUGACAAGGAUCACGCCCUUCUGGUCAAUAAACUCCCACCUAAAUCUGGCCUUAUCUUGGGUGUGACCAAUCCAUUCUUCCAGAAGUCAUGCGCCCAUUGGCCUCACGUCUUGAGUGUAGGGCUGAAAGCAAGUCCGCGCCGCCAGGGGAAUGCGACCAUUAUAGCUGGGCCGCCACCUGGAUGGUGUACAAGAACUCAUCGCCGAUACAUUUCCAAAGACCGCCAAUUGUUAGCGGCUAUCGAGCAAGCUUGUCAUGCAAGCGUCCAACACAGGAUACAAGCAUCUUUGGAUCUAAGAAGACACUUGAGUUCGCGCACCAACACCGUGUUAGUUCCUUUGAACAGAUACCUCAAUACUCUGAUACCCUCUCCGACGGAACGUGCCACUGUUUCGGGUUGUCGACGCCUAAAGUCCUUUAGCACUGCUGACUUUUUCUCUUCGCUGAAGGCGAAUGGCUCCCCUCUGCCGUUUAAGUCCGCGACUAAGCGGAGAGAAUUUUAUGAAAGGUGGCUGAAAACGCCAGCAUUUGGGCUGUGGUUGGCUCAGCAAGAGGAAGUGGUGCAUAGGACAUUGCAGGACAAAUGGGCUGGCUGA